AUGGAUACAGAUCACUCUGGAGUGUUAUCUGACAGAGAAAUCCGGACAUUAGCAGCAAGAAUGUAUGAUCUGCCGCUCUAUUUGGAGACAUUAACUGGUUUAGAGACUACGUUUGUGAACUGUUCCGACACAGUUACAGACCCCACACUACAGAGCCUCUCGGACGACCAACGGGAGGUUUAUUAUGACAAGAAAAUGCCCCUUGUGACCAAGUACCUCUUUCUGCAUUGUGAGGAAAUAGUUAAACUAGUGAAGAGCAAAUUCAGGCCAGUCCCAAAAUACAAAACUACAAUAGUGAAUGAUGAUGACAUUGCCUUCAAAAUGGUGCAUACCAAUGUGUCCCAUGUGGUGGGUCAGCUGGAUGACAUCAGAAAACAUCCUAAAAAGUUCAUCUGUCUCAAUGACAACAUUGAUCACAGAAGGGAUGAAGCUAGAACUGUAAAGUCAAUUCUUCAAGACUUCUAUGAAUCUCUAGUUCCGAUUCCAUCUCAAUUUGAGCUGGCCCGGGACUACAGAAAUAGAUUUUUGCACAUGGAAGAGUUGAGAGAAUGGCGGUUGUAUCGAGAUAGAUUACGUUUCUGGACUCACGUAGCUUUAGCAGUUCUAGUGGUCAUGACCCUAAUGUCUUUCCUGGGAGAGAAGAUUGACAAUCUCGUAAGAAAAUGGACAAAUGGCAAAAGACGACACCGAAAGAUGUCAUCUGAUUUUGACUCCACAACUUCUGAGGUCGCAUUGAAGACCACACCUCCUCCAUCUGCAGAACCACCAAGUCCCUCCCGCUGGCAGCAGAAUUUGAUAGAGACUGUAUGA